AUGCUUCCAUCACAAGCUCACACAGAUGCAUCAUCACCACCCUCUUCAUCAUCAAGAGUUAUCGAGAAACCCAAUUACACCAUUCGAUUAUCACAAGAGCCCACCUUCAGUGUUUCACCUGAAUUUCCAUCCAGCUUGCAAUCACAAUUAAAAACCAAUCCACCCUCAUGUUCCAUCACAUUGGAUCGAGAUGGAGCAGGAACACUCACUCUUCUAUCAAAAAACGAUCCACAGAAAUCCACUCAACACGAGAUUACAGGCUUUAUUUAUGAUGAAGAUUCCGUUCCAAAAUUUAUGGCAUCUGUCACCUUGAACCUUGGUCAUCCAACUCUCGUUCAUCAACAACAUGGAGAUCUCUAUUUUGCACUUUACCCAAAUUAUAUACUGGGUCCUCAACAUAAUCAACUUAAAAUUCCAAUCAAAAGUGACUAUGUGGAUGGAAACGUCAAAUUGAAAGGUUUGAAAGAAAUACUAGAUUAUGUGGACGACAAUGAAAAGUUAUUAGCACCAUGGAGAAUUAAAGCUGGUUCCUUGUUGUUGGGAGGUAAAAUCAGUGAACAUAAUCCAACAACAACUGUGACAGUCGAAUUGCCAACUAAUAUUCAGAGAAAUCAACUAAAAGCAUUCCGAUGGAAUUUAUUGAUCUAUUUGAACACGUUCGAGAGUAGUGACAAUGGUGUUUGUCCAUUUGUCAUUUAUACCAGCAGUGAAACAUUUUCAUUUUCGAAACGACACUUCACAGAAAAUGACGCCAAGUCAAAGAAGAAUUCUCGUAACAAAGGUACAAAAAGAAAACAACAAUAUCCAGAAAGUGAUGAAGAUUAUCACGAUGAUCAAGAUAGUGAUGAUUAUGAUGAUACAGAUGAGACGGAUGAUGACGAAAGCGACUCAGAAGAUGAUUCUUCCUUCCAGAUGGUUCCCUCUACACGAUCGACUCGACGUAGCAAGAGUCUUUCGAAAACAACGUUACUGACCUCUCCAUCCUCGAAAGAGAUAAGUACAAGCCCAAAGAAAAGCAAACCUUCGACUUGUUCCGAGUUGGAAUCUUCAAUCCCACACCCUCCUCAUAUAUUAGCACAUUACCAAAAUGUUUCUAAACAUUACAAGAUUGUAAAAAAAUUGAAUGAUCUUUCCAAGAUUACAUCAGAGAAGAGUGAUUUAACAUGUAUUACAACAGAAAUGUUUGACUUUUUACAAGUAAUGGUACGACAUUUAUCAAGUAAGGGACAAUUGAACAUGACAAGGACCAUUCGGACGACACUGCAUGUCGUGAUGUAUUGA